AGUGACCGUGCGGAACCUUCGACACACAGCAUUAUUCGGGGAAGUUCAUUGUCAUUGCACCAGUGGCAGGAAGUGCGCAUGUUUUGAAAGAUGGCGGACGUUCCUAGUGACGCACCAGAUCACUGUCCGGGCACAAGCAGUGAUCAGGCUGGUAAAUCAUCAGCAUGUCAAGGAUGCCCAAACCAAAACAUAUGUGCGUCUGGGGCUGCCAAAGCUCCUGAUCCAGCCAUAGAGGAAAUCAGACAGAAAUUGACCACUGUGAAGCACAAGAUUCUGGUUUUGUCUGGAAAAGGCGGUGUUGGGAAGAGCACGUUCAGCGCACAUUUGUCUCAUGCAUUAGCAAGUGAUGACUCCAAAGAGGUUGCACUGCUAGAUGUGGACAUCUGUGGGCCAUCUAUACCAAAAAUAAUGGGGCUAGAAGGGGAGCAGGUUCAUCAGAGCGGCUCUGGAUGGUCCCCAGUGUAUGUUGAGGACAACUUGGCUGUCAUGUCCAUUGGCUUCCUGCUCAGUAGUCCAGAUGAUGCUGUUAUCUGGAGAGGACCCAAAAAGAAUGGCAUGAUAAAACAGUUUCUGAGGGAUGUGGACUGGGGAGAAGUGGACUAUCUGAUCGUAGACACGCCUCCAGGAACAUCUGAUGAGCAUUUGUCCAUUGUGCAGUAUCUCAGCGGCGCUGGCAUCGAUGGAGCAGUCAUCAUCACCACCCCGCAGGAAGUUUCUUUGCAGGAUGUGAGAAAAGAGAUCCGAUUCUGUAAAAAGGUCAAGAUACCUAUCAUUGGUGUGAUUGAAAACAUGAGUGGCUUUGUGUGUCCUAAAUGCAAGAAUACAUCACAGAUAUUCCCUCCGACCACAGGAGGAGCUCAGAAAAUGUGCGAAGAACUAAAUCUCCCUCUUUUGGGCAGUGUACCCUUGGAUCCACGAAUAGGGAGAAGCUGUGAUGAAGGAAAGUCUUUCCUAACUGAAGUUCCAGACUCUCCUGCUGCAGUGGCCUAUCAGAAUAUUGUCCAGAAAAUCCGAGAUUAUUGUUCUUCCCACACUACAUCGGACCAUCCCUUUUGACACAGAAAAUGUGCAUCAGAUUUAUCCAGCCAGCUGGGAUGUCCUAUGAAGAAAGAAAAGAAACAUCAUGAUGAACUGUGCUUUGUUCAACACACUUGUUCACCUUUAUAAGUGAAACAAUAAUAUAAUUAUUUCUGUAAUGUCAAUGGGCAUAUUUCAGCAGGACAGGAGAAGUUAUGUUGUAUUUUAUUCUCAGAAAUGUCGAAUGUAGGCCACACAAUGGCUUUCCUAGUCAAUGAGAUGUAAUGGCUAUAAUGUUAAUUUUGCUAUUAAAUUUCUUAAGAUGAACAUUUCUAAAUCCACUCAGCACUAAAUCUCUAUAUUUUUAAUGUUUUAUGAUAAAUAAGCCAAAACACCUGUUAUAGUGCACACACACUCA